AUGGCUUCGUUUGCGCGCCCAUCACUGCUUCGGCAAACCCUUACGACCACCCGGUCGCCCCUGCGCCAAAAUGUCGGCGUGUCGCAGAUUGUGGCCUUCCAUGCCUCCGCCCGGAAGCAGAUCCUGCCUCCGCCGCCUCUGAACGACCCCGUUCCCGUUCCCGAGCCUCACCCAUCCGAGGGUAGCUACCACUGGACUUUCGAGCGUGCCAUCUGUGUCGGUCUGGUCCCUCUAUCUAUCGCUCCCUUCGCCGCCGGCUCCCUCAACCCCGUCACGGACGCCAUUCUCUGCACCCUCCUAGUUGCCCACUCCCACAUUGGUUUCCAGGCCUGCAUCGUCGACUACUUCCGCCCCCAGCGUGUCCCCAAGACUUACGCCCUCUGCAAGUGGCUCCUGCGCGGCUUCACGUUGACUACCGCUGUUGGGCUGUACGAGUUUGAGACCAAUGACGUUGGUAUCACUGAGGCUCUCCGCCGGAUCUGGAACGCUUAA